AUGAUGAUUCCCUAUAAAGGGAUUAAAGCGGGUACGAGAAGGCAAUAUAUAAAAAAUAAGCCGAAAAAAUGGGGAUUCAAAAUGUUUGUCCGAUCGGGAAUAGAUGGUUUUGUGUAUGAUUUUUUACCUUAUGGCGGUGAAAAUACAUUCCAUCGAACAUCAUUCACAGAAUACGAAAAUAUGUAUUUUGGUUUAGGCCAAAAAGUAAUUAUUGAGUUAUGCAAAUCUAUUCCCAGUAAACCACUUAGUGUAGUAUGUUUUGAUAACUGGUUUACUUCCUUAGAACUUGUAACAUAUUUAAGAAAAUCAUUUGGCAUUCUUAGUCUUGGCACAAUUCAACAAAACCAUUUACGUGGUUGUAAUAUUAUAGCAGAUAAACCACUACUAAAAAAAGGAAGAGGAAGCUAUGAAACAAAAUCUGACAAUAAAAAUAAAAUUUCAGUAGUAAAAUGGGCCGAUAACAAAUGCGUCACUAUAGUUAAUUCAUAUAUUUCAACAUCAGCACCUUCAGAAACUGUUAGUCGAUAUGAUAAAAAUAAAAAGGAAAAAGUUAAUGUGAAAUGCCCAAAAGUAAUCAAGGAAUACAAUUCUCAUAUGGGUGGUGUAGAUCUGGCAGACAUGUUCGUUUCAUUGUACCGUACAGGUAUUAAAUCGCACAGGUGGUAUCUUGCAAUUUUUUCACAGCUUCUAGACAUUGGUGUCAAUAACGCAUGGCUUUUAUAUAGAAGACAUUAUUCACAAUUGAAUAAUAACCAACAAGGAAUCCUACAACUUAAACAUUUCCGAUAUGAAAUCGCAAAAUCACUUCUAGCGCAAUCAAGUAUUGGUCGACCAUCAACUAACCUAAUAUUAUCAAAACGUAAACGCAAAGCCAUGCCAAUAGAGGCCCCACCAAAGAAAGUCGUUUUGAUAAUAUAA